CAAGCAUCCCCGCUCAUCAUCUACUUCUAGGGUCACUCACGUUGACCUGCCUGGAAGAACACUGCUAGACCUUGCAGUCACUGGUCUCUCGUUCCGUUAAAUUAUAUUCCUCAACUCCCUCCAACAUGGCAAUCCAAGUUACCGACCUUACAGAAGCAGACAUCCCUGGAGCCGUAAAAGCAGUCCAGGAUGCGUUUUCCAAAGAUCCAUAUAACGAAUGGGUUUACGACAAGGUAAAAUUUAAUGCUCAGCGUAACUCAGUCUCCCUGGGCAUUCGAAUGCGAUGGGGAAUGCGAAAUGGUAUCUUCCAUGUUGCCAAAGAAGAGGGUAGCGACAAGGUGCUUGGUGUUGCCAUGUGGCUACGUCCUCAGCCGGCAACUCAGGCUCCCACCUGGAACGAUUGGCUCGAGGGCUGGCGUCUUUAUUUCGGCCAAGUUGCCAUGAAUCUUUAUUACGGCCGUGGAGGACUGAUUGUCAAGCGAUAUUACAUCUGGAAGGAUGCGCAAGCUAAAGCCCAAUCUGAACUCUGGACUGACCCACGAGGCUAUUAUUUCCUCAACAUUAUGGUCGUUCUUCCGGAGGCCCAGGGCAAGGGGGUUGGCGCAAAGAUGAUGAAGGUUGUCACAGACCAAGCCGAUGCCGAAAACAUGAAGUGCUACCUGGAGUCCAGCCGCGAUGUUCCGAAUAUAGCUAUUUACGGACGGUGGGGAUUCAAGUUUGUAAAGGAUAUGAUUUGCGAUGAUGAUGGCGAGGCCAUCAAGCUUUUCACUAUGGUUAGGGAGCCUCAGAGUGAAUCGGGUAGUACCAAAUAAGCGACUCAUUUGCAAUUGGAAAUGGAGGUUGGUUAGCUGUUAAUUUGGCGUUGGAGAACAGCUUGCCCAUUUAUAAUGUAAUGAGCUUCUACUUGUUAGAUUGUUACUUAUGGGAUCGCCUUGAGUCCUCCGGGUUCAACAAGCGACUCGAUCCCAUUCCAGUAUUCGCAGAUUCCGUUCGCCAAAGACAGCAUUUGAC